GGGGCUGGGUGGCACAGAGGGGGGGACACGUCCCCCCCGAGACCCCCGAGGUGGGCACCUGCUGACGGGGCCGCACUCGCUCGGCACAGGGCCAUGCAGAGCCACGAGCCCUCCACGCCGCCCAGCGUCUGGGUGGGCACCUGGAGACCCCACCGCCCCCGCGGCCCCAUCGCCGCCCUCUACAGCAGCCCCGGGCCCAAGUACGGGCUCCCCACCAAUGUCGGGUACUGGCAGCACGACCCGUCCCGGCACCGCGCGCCCGCCUACAGCUUCGGCGCCCGCACGGCGCAGCACUGGGACGACCGCUCCCCGGGGCCCGCGUACAUGGUGCCCCCCAGGACCACCGUCAAGGGCAAGGACGGGAUCCCAGCGUACUCCAUCUACGGCCGCCCCCGGGACCUGGAGCCCUUCCGCACGCCCGGGCCAGGCUGCUACUCGCCGGAGAAGGCCGGGAAAUGGGCAUUCCCCUCCGCACCCGUCUACUCCCUGCGCUCCCGCACCAAGGAGUUCGCCAGCGACCAGACACCGGGGCUGCAGACGCCGGGGCCCUGCAAAUACCGCGUGGUGGACGCCAACGUCUACAAGAGCCGUGCGCCGCAGUACAGCAUGCUGGCACGCAACGUGCCCCCCGGGGACAACACCAUCAAGCCGGGGCCCGGCGCCUACAGCCCCAGCAUGGGCCGGCCGCAGGGGCUGACGUUUGGGAUCCGGCACUCGGACUACCUGGCCCCGCUCAUCGUGGACGUGCCCGACUAGGGGGGGCGUGGGGGCGGUCGGCCUCUGAUGGCAAAAGAUCGGUGACAAAAGCCUCA